GCGAUCACUGAGGCUAUCGAUACUGUCGGUGUGCGUUCGCACUGCUCGACUUUAUUCGUUUCAGCCGUCAGCGGUGCUUCCCGUCGGUCAGUCUUUGUAUUAACCGAGGAGCUGGAGGCUUUUGUUGUUGUGCUAGGAUCUCGUUCGAUGCUUGCUCUGCAUUAUGGUGCUUUAUAUCGGUGCGAGGUCAAAAGGACCGGUUUCACAUCCAUUUGGAGUUAACGCGUAUACACAACAUCGACGUUGGACGAGGACAACGUUCAUUGGAUGGGCUGUGUAGUGCGUGGAAAGCUCAUUGAUGUUCAUUGUCAUGCCCCCCUACACUUCCGUCUUCGACUUUCCUUGCGAUGGGCUUCACCACAUUGGUGUGACUUCCGCUGAAUCGUCUGUAUCUGGAUGGCUGCUCGAACGAUUCCCUUUAGUUAAUCAACCAUGCCCUCUUACGAUGCCACCAGUUCACCUUGUCGGUGAUGGAGCUGCCCCAGGUGGCAACAAUUCUUCUGCGAUUGCGGGUGUUUGAACCUCUUUUUCGAUACCACUCGCACGCACUCACCGGAUGACACUGCCAUGUCUUGGCAUAUGGGCGACGCACUCUGUUG